AUGAGUCGUCCUUUAUUCCUUCAUAUUUUGGAUGCUAUACAAAGACAUGAAAAUUACUUCAUCCAGCGAAGGGAUGGAAUGGGUAAACUCAGGUUAUCAGGUUUGCAAAAAGUAACAGCUGUAUUUCGAAUGUUGGCGUAUGGUGUACCAGCAGAUGCUACCGAUGAAUACAUCAAAAUAGGAGAAUCUACAACUAUAGAAAGCUUGAAGCGAUUUUGUCGUGCUGUUGUCGAGGUGUUUGGAGCCCGCUAUCUCCGAUCACCUAACGCUGAUGAUGUUGCAAGACUACUCCACAUUGGUGAACGUCGAGGUUUUCCAGGAAUGUUGGGAAGUUUAGAUUGUAUGCAUUGGAAAUGGAAAAAUUGCCCAACUGCUUGGGGAGGACAAUAUGCCGGUCGUAGUGGGUCCCCAACUAUUAUUCUUGAAGCUGUAGCUGACUAUGAUCUCUGGAUAUGA